AAUUAUAAGGAUAAAAUUGAUAAAAUUAAAAUUAUGAUGAUUAAAAUGAUAAAACCGACAAACUGUAGGAAAAAAAAAGAAGAAAUAAUAAACAACUAUGAACCCAAAUGGGCCGGCCCACAUUAUGUGGCGGUGGAGUCCAUUACGAAUCCACCAGCACCCGCCCUCGCAAACCGAAACGAAUUCAGAUAUAUUCCAAUCAAUCAAAUUCAAACAGAAGAAGAAGAAAGCUAAGUCACUGCCAACGAUCUCAAUCCUGAAAUUGCAGAAAUGGCGGAGGAGGAGACGAAGAAGAGAAGUGUGGUGGUGGAAUCCUUGGGAUGGCUAACGGAAUCUUCAAUAAUGCCCAAGAAGCACCGCGCCAUCGCCGGCGUCGGUGCCUCCUCGAUAAUGGAGCUCAAGGCCCAACUCUAUAAGUCGCAAGAAGACUCCAAGAAGUCCAAGGAACUCUCCGGCUCAGAAGUCGAGUUCCACCGCGCCAAGAAGAAGAUCACCUCACACGAUCCCUUGUCCGCCAAGAACUCCGGCGUCGAUGCCCGGGCCCACAAAGACAAGCUUGAGCUCAAAGCAGUUAAUGAUGGAUCAGCUAGCUAUGCAGCAUUGGAGAGGAAGGCCGCAUUGUAUGAUAAGCUAGUAAAGGGGGAGCUAUCAGAUGAGGAAGAUAAGGAGAAGUAUUGUGUGGAUUUUUUUUGCAAGAGAGUUGACCAGGACGAACCGCAGCAAACUCAGCAUCAUGAUUCGCCUGCUGUAGUAUCUUCGGAGAAUCAAGAUGGUGAUAGUGAUGCUUCCAUGCUGUUUAGCAUGAAACCGUUGGGGCUUGGGCGAGCAGCUGCAACAAUGGACAAUGAUGUUUACAAGAGUUUUGUGAGGGAAGUACACGAAGAAGCAAAUGUAGCGAGAGAGAAGGCAUCUGAGCUCAAACAGCGCAGGGAAGAGCAAGCAGCGGCUCGUCGUGAGAAGUUAAAACAGGCAUAUAUAAGGAAACAAUUGGAGAAACUAAAAGCGGCGUCCAACAAGGAACAGACAUAAUAGGCAGCAGGAGGCGAUUUCCACAACAUUAUUCUAGCAGUCAUCUUGACAGUUUCUGAGUCCUGUUGUUCACUUCAGGGUUACUAUUUAAUAGGAAGAAAAAAUCAUCAAUCAAUUUAAUCCCACAAAGUGGCUCUGUUUGUAGUUUCUUCAUGUUUGUACUUCUGUACAGUUAUUAACAUUACAAGAAAAUUACCAUCAAGUCUGAAGCGAGAUUGCUAAUUCACAAUCAGUUUUUCAGUUUAA